AGAAAACGUAGUCCCAAUUUGAAUUCCUUCCUAGCAACGGACUGGUUGCUUUCAUAGGACAUAUAAGUACACACACAUGUAUUUACACAUUUAUAUAUAAGUGCAUGUGGAUCGAUAUAUUUAAAAAAUGUUUUCAUCCGUGUACUUUACUGUGUGUAUGUCCCUAUGGCUACACAUCUCAUCAAGUAGCACAGAUGCGGCCCCGGCAGCCUGGACUAUACGUCCCCUUAGCAAAUCCAGACACUGGAUGACAGAUCACACCGAACUAGUACGCAGAGUUUUUCUUAACGAUGUACGUAGUACCUUACAAGAGCGGUCAGAAGUUAUAAGUGGGGUACAAGAUACGAAUACAUGGGAGGACAGACAGAUGUUAGUGCGCCAGCAGUUGUUGGAAGUGCUCGGGCCGUUGCCGACGGAGAAGACGCCAUUGAAUGUACAGAUGAAAGGGAGACUAAGCUGGGAUGAUGGGAAUAUCGUAGUAGAGAAGGUAUGUGAAUGUACAUAUGAAAGGGAGGAUGAGCUGGGAUGAUGAGAAUAUCAUAGUAGAGAAGGUA